CAUGCAUCAGACAGAAAGAGAAGCAGAGAGGAUAGCCCUGUGGUUAAAUACGACGCCGUACGAGGCCAUUGUGAUUUGUGCCCAGUGGCAUCACUGAUCCACUAUCGAUCACUUUGCUUUUUCAUUGUUGGUUGUAGACUUGUAUCGCAUAUACAAAAUCAUCCGAGAAUCAAGUAAGCAGAACCAGGCCAGUUGACUUGUGCAGUUGUGGCUCGCCCAAAUUCUUUUUCUUUUUCCUGAUAAGGAUUCUGUCAGACAAAUAGAAAGCUUGAACCUUGUGGGGUCGUCUUAGUUGUUGUUAAAUUUGAAAGCAAGGUCGGGGCGGGACUACGGAAAAGAUGAAGCUGGUGCCCAGAGAGAUGGACAAGUUGAUGCUCCACAAUGCAGGGCAGCUUGCCCAGAAGCGUUUGGCUAGGGGCCAGAGGCUUAAUUACACCGAAGCCGUUGCUCUCAUCGCUGCUCAGAUUCUCGAGUUGGUGCGUGAUGGUGAGAAGAGUGUGGCUGAAUUGAUGGACCUUGGAAGACAGUUCUUAGGAAGGAGGCAAGUUCUUCCAGCUGUUCCUCAUCUCUUGAACACUGUACAGGUUGAGGGAACCUUUCCUGACGGAACAAAACUAAUCACCAUUCACGAUCCCAUAGUGUCCGAAAAUGGAAAUCUGGAACUUGCAUUAUAUGGUUCCUUUCUUCCAGUCCCUUCAUUGGACAAGUUUCCUCCUGUAGAAGCUGGUAAAAUCCCUGGUGAGAUCAUCUUUGGAGGUGGAUCGAUUACACUCAACCCCGGGAGGAGAGCAGUUAAGCUUCAAGUCACUAACACUGGAGACAGGCCGAUUCAGGUUGGAAGCCACUAUCACUUUAUUGAGGCAAACCCCUAUUUGGUUUUCGACCGAAUGAAAGCCUAUGCAAUGCGGUUGAAUAUACCAGCAGGGACCGCUACUAGAUUUGAGCCAGGAGACACAAAAACUGUUACCCUUGUCAGAAUAGAAGGUAAACAAGUUAUUAGGGGAGGAAAUGGAAUUGCUGAUGGUCCAGUUCAUAAUGCCAAUAUGACAGCAUUGAUGGAUGCCAUACAAGAGAGAGCAUGUAAGCAUCUUGAAGAACCAAAUUCGAGUGAAGGUGUCAUUGAAGAAGGAUCCCCUUUUUCUUAUGAACUAUCACAUGAGACCUAUGCCAAUAUGUAUGGGCCCACAAUUGGUGAUCAAAUUAGGCUUGGUGACACUGAUUUAUUCGCAGAAAUAGAGAGAGAUUUUUCUGUUUAUGGUGAUGAAUGUGUAUUUGGUGGUGGCAAAGUUCUGCGAGAUGGAAUGGGGCAGGCUUGUGGUUAUGCAGCCAUUGACUGUUUGGAUACUGUCAUAACAAAUGCAGUAAUUAUUGACUACUCCGGUAUUAUUAAGGCUGACAUCGGAAUUAAAGAUGGUUUCAUAGCAUCACUAGGGAAAGCAGGCAACCCAGAUAUCAUGCAUGGAGUGUAUCCUGAGAUGAUUAUUGGGGUUAAUACUGAAGUAAUUGCUGGUGAAGGAUUUAUUGUAACAGCUGGAGCUAUAGAUUGUCAUGUGCAUUUUAUAUGCCCUCAGCUGGCUUUUGAGGCAAUAUCAAGUGGUAUCACAACAUUGGUAGGAGGUGGAACAGGACCUGCAGAUGGGACGCGUGCAACAACUUGUACACCAGCGGCAUCACAUAUGAAAUUAAUGUUGCAAUCAACAGAUGAUUUACCUCUUAAUUUUGGUUUCACAGGAAAAGGAAAUAGUGCAAAGGCAGAUGGCCUGCAUGAAAUAAUCAAGGCUGGAGCAAUGGGUUUAAAGCUUCAUGAGGAUUGGGGAACUACUCCUGCUGCAAUAGACAAUUGUUUGACUGUUGCCGAGCAACAUGACAUUCAGGUGAAUAUCCACACUGACACAUUGAAUGAGUCUGGUUUUGUGGAGCACUCAAUUGCUGCUUUUAAAGAUAGAACAAUUCAUACUUACCACAGUGAAGGUGCUGGUGGAGGACAUGCGCCUGAUAUUAUCAGAGUGUGUGGUGUCAAGAAUGUUCUUCCUUCAUCAACUAAUUCAACACGUCCUUACACAUCAAAUACUGUUGAUGAACACCUAGAUAUGCUGAUGGUUUGCCAUCACCUUGAUAAGGAUAUUCCAGAGGAUGUUGCUUUUGCUGAAUCACGAAUUCGUGCAGAAACAAUAGCUGCGGAAGAUAUUUUGCAUGAUAUGGGGGCUAUUAGCAUUAUAUCAUCUGAUUCACAGGCUAUGGGUCGUAUAGCUGAGGUAAUUAGCAGGACAUGGCAAACUGCACACAAAAUGAAGUUAUUAAGAGGAUCCCUUGAGGGUAACAAAUCAAACAAUGACAAUUUGCGGAUCAAAAGAUACAUCGCCAAAUACACCAUAAAUCCUGCGGUAGCAAAUGGAUUUUCUGAGCAUGUUGGAUCAGUUGAGGUGGGGAAAUUUGCUGACCUUGUUGUUUGGAAGCCUUCCUUCUUUGGGGCAAAACCAGAAAUGGUGAUCAAAGGUGGCACAAUUGCUUGGUCUAAUAUGGGGGAUCCAAAUGCCAGCAUUCCAACUCCUGAACCGGUCAUGAUGAGGCCGAUGUUUGGAGCAUUUGGCAAGGCUGGAAGUGACAACUCAAUUGCUUUUGUUAGCAAGGCAGCUCUAGAUUGUGGAGUAAAAGACCAGUAUGGACUGAAGAAGAGGGUGAAAGCUGUAAGCGGCAUCCGGAGGCUCACGAAACUUGACAUGAAGCUCAAUGAUGCCCUUCCAGAUAUCAAAGUCGAUCCAGAGACCUACAUAGUGACAGCUGAUGGUGUAAACCUGACAUGCCCACCUGCUAAAAUUGUUCCUCUUUCUCGGAAUUAUUUUCUCUUCUAGGAGUUUUUGCCAUCUUCAACAAAAUAACAACCAUGCAGUACUCAUUUUAUGUUCUACAGUCUAUAGCUUAGUCAUUUCAGCUAUAAUGAUUUACCAGAGUCAUAGGAAACAAAAAUAAAUCCUCUUUGCUGCCAAAAAUUUGGUAUCAAACAAAACUUUGACUUUCGGUUAUCA